CUCUGUCUCAGUCCUCGCGAUAAGGUUCUCUCUCUUUUUCCAUGGCCUCCGCCGCGCUCCUCCGCCCUCUCUCCUCGCUACCCACGCCCGCUCUUCGCUCUGCGACGCCAGGCUUGUACUUAUCUUCCUCAUCCCUCCCCUCGUUCUUGGUGGCUCCGCGUUGGACCUAUAGAUCCGUUGCGAUCCCCCGGAGCAGGGGAAUGGCGGCGGUCGUCGUUAGGGCCGCUAGCUCUGAGGAAGAAGAGGCGUUGGCUGACAUCGAUACAGAUGAUGUGGACGAGGAGGAAGUUUCCGAGGUGGUGGAAGCUGAUGAGAAGUUGUCCAGGAAACCUAGGGUCAAGCUUGGGGAUAUAAUGGGGAUUCUGAACAAGAGAGCUAUCGAGGCUUCGGUGUUGGAGAGGCCUGUGCCGGAUAUCAGGACUGGGGACAUAGUAGAGAUUAAACUGGAAGUUCCAGAGAAUCGACGUCGCUUAUCCAUCUACAAGGGAAUAGUUAUUUCCAAGCAAAAUGCUGGUGUUCAUACUACCAUUCGCAUCAGGAGGAUUAUUGCCGGUGUUGGAGUCGAGAUUGUUUUUCCAGUGUACUCACCUAACAUUAAGGAGAUCAAAGUUGUAAGCCAUAGGAAGGUACGCAGGGCUAGGCUGUACUACUUGAGGGACAAGCUUCCUCGGCUCUCAACCUUCAAGUGACUAAUUGCCUGCAAAAUUGUAUUGCCAUCACUCAGCAAAUUCUCAUAUCUGCCUCUGGACCAGAGUUUUUGUGACGUUAGAUGCUGCUGCAUCACUGGAUUGCAUAGGCUUUUUGGCACAAAUGGAUGUGUGAGAAACUUGAGCUUGAUGAGACAUUGUUGUGAUGAACUCAUUUUUUCCAGCUCAGUUCAUGUCAUUAUUAAAAAAUGUGGUGUUGAUUAUUAUCUAAUCGAUGGUGAUUGAGAUAUUAUUGGUAUUUCUGGAAAAAUAGCAACAUUUGUAAGAAUGUAUAAUAUCAAAACUUUUUUAGAUUUA